AUGAUGAAAUAUUCUAUCUUAUUAUUUAUAUUUCUUUACAUUAAUCUUAGCCAAGCUGGUCUUCCUGGAGGAUGGCAUGAAGUAGAUUUAAGUAACCCUUAACAAUAGUUUUAAUAAGCAAUUUAGUUUUCUAAAGAAAAUUUUGUAUCUGAUUGUAAACUAGAAAAUCUAAAUUCAUCAGUUUAGUUACAAAAUGUGAUUAAAGCCUCAUAUUAAAUUGUUGCUGGUACUAAUUAUAAAAUAGUAUUUAAAACAGAUCACUAUAGCGAAAGCACCCUAACUGUUAAAGUUUUUGCUUCUUUACCUGACAAUGGAAAAGUAAGCUACUCAAUAACAGAAUGCUUCUGA